AUUUUCCUCAUUUCAUCAUCCGUAUUUUUUUCAACUUGAGUGGAAGGAGAUUGCGAAAGACGUAACCAUAAACGACUUUUUUUUUUCUUUUAUUCUCUUGUUCUCUUCUACUUCUUGCAUACGAUUGAAAAACGUGAUUAUCCACUUGUAAACGAAGCAGCAGUUUAUGGCUGAUGAAUCCAAGGAAUCGUCCAACAGCAAUCUGGCAGCUGCCUGUUUCCGAUGUCGAGGAUUCAGACAUGCUUGCGAUCGUCGUCGACCGGCUUGUUCACGAUGUCAACGACGAGGCAUCGAUUGUACUUAUCCGGAAGCCGCACCGACGCUGAAAAAGCUUCAGAAAGCUACGGAAACCCUGGGCGACAAAAUUCGUAAAUUUGGCGAUCGGUUAAAGUCUGGAGAAGGCACGAGAAAUAUCUCGUUGCAACGGUUAGCCCAGCAAGCUCGUACGAGUCCCGGGAUACCAGUAUCACCGGGAGAAAGUGUUGCAACCCCCGGCGCUUCCGAAGAUACACGUUCGUUGGCUUCGUUCAUGUCCGAUACCACCGAGGAAGAUGAUAUGAAUUACGACGAGGACGAUGCUGAUUCCAUGUCAAGCUCGUCCCAGUCACGCCAUCGUCGUCGGUCCGCACGACGUGUGGCAUCAACCAACAACUUUUCCGUCUAUCCUUGCAGCAAAUGUUUCAAGGAUCUGCAACAGUGCGAUUUAACUCGACCUCGCUGCAGCCGUUGCGAAGCCAAUCAUUUCGACUGUGUGUACACGAAAACGCAGCCCAAAGCCAACCACGUGUCACAGGUACUCAUGACCAUGAACAAGGUCGUGGAUCAGUGGCAAGAGUCGAUUGACAAGAUGGCCAAAGACUUUGCUCAGAAAACACGCGAUCUCGGUAUACGCGCCAACAAUUCGUUAAAGAUGAAACCGAUGCCUCCUUUUGCCUGGAAGAUCACUUCCACCAACAAAGGGCUCUCCGUAGAAAGUAGCGUCAAUUCAUUUAAUGAUUUAUCCACUUUGGUCGAGCAGUUUAAACGGUCCAUGACCAUUUCAUCCCGCACCGCACCCGAAUCGCCCCAAAAGGAACGCUCGCCUUCCCUCAUGACCGACGAACCCAUCGAACUGGAUGAUGCAAGCUCCAUUCACACCUCGUCCACGUUUUCUUUCGCGAUUUGGAAUUCGUGGGCCCAUCCAACGCAUGCGCUGCCACAAGAUUAUCCAAUUGACAUUUCUCAAGAACUCACCGAUAAUUUGAUCGAGCUGUACUGCCGAACCCCGUGUUGCUCCGUCAUUCGUUUGCCCAUUGUGGACACUGUGGAAUUACUGGCCCGUUACCGUGAUCCGGACAAGACCAAACGGCCAUCCAAGGUCUUGAUUUAUGCUAUUUGUGCAAUGGCGGCUCGAAAUGCAUUCCAGCUUCACGUGUGGAGCAAACGCCCGUCGUUUGAAGCGCCGCAGUACAAUAUGGGCAAGGCCCUGUCUAUGGCCUACUGCUUACGCGGUCGCGAACUGUUGGCGGAAUGUUUCGACAAGCCGUCGCUGGACAAUUGUCAGGCCGCGUUCUUGUUAUCGUACUGCAACCAUCAGAACGGGUAUCCUGGUGUCAUUUACAUUUACGAAUGGAUCGCCUUCACCAUGGCGCAGGAACUAGGGCUCUACGACAGUGGCCGUGUACUGACGUAUCAAGAAAACAUGUUGGUAUGGUGUCUGUACUAUUUCAAUACAUGGUAUCGUGUAUUGCAAGGCGAUUCCGAUAGGUCGCUCGAGUCGAGUUUGUUUUUCCCAUCGUCGCCUUUGCCGUCACCGUUACCGGUACCCUCGCCCUUACCUUUGACGAAUCCGCCCGCGUCCAUGUCGCACCCUCUGUCGCAGAAAAUUAUUGACUACUAUGUUUCCACCGUGUGGUCAUACCUUAUUCAGCUCCAAAUUCUUCGCAGCGAUGUGAUGGCACGACUGGUGGCGGCUCGAACCGCGGGCAAACCGGACACGACCUUACCCCAAGAUUUGCUUGUCAUGCAACAAAAGCUCCAGCAAUUUUAUGAUACCUGGCCCGAAGAAUGGCGGCAGCAACGACAUGCUCAACCGGGUGUGACCCCUCCAACCCCGAAUAACACAGGAUCGCCAUCCUCGACCUCCUCUGGAUUAUCCUCAUCCCCUAUGUCCUCCCCAUCCUGUUCUCACAGUUACUGUCGGGACGAUGAUCGACGACAUUACUGCGUUGACAUCCCGGCCUUUGCCCGAUUCUGUGUGCUAUAUGUGCAUAUGUAUUAUAACAUUAACCGCAUCCUCUUGUAUCAACCCUUCUUUUCUUCCGAUCGAUUUCCCUCCACUCAGUUCUCGCUCCACUGUCUCCAUGUUUGCAUGGAAGCCGCCAACUCCAUCACCGUCACGCUGGAAGAAAUGACCAAGCAGCGCGAUGAUUGCCAUAUUCCCCUCCUCGGUUUUGUGUUUGCCAAUAUCAUCUAUAUGAAAAUGAUCAACUAUGAAGAUGAACGGUAUCAAAGUUUUGCCCGACAAGGACUGCAGCAAUCCAUCGAUAUCUCCAAAUCAUCCACCACGUAUAUGUAUGAUUUUGAAAUGUCAAAAAGCAUGGUCUCUGUUAUGGAACGUGAUGUCCAAGAAGCCUAUCUUCACAAAACGAAUCAAAUGGCCGUCGAUCCUCCUGCUUCCGUUGCCUCACACGCCUCGCAAUAACCCCAUCCCAAGAAAAAAAAGAGUGGACUUGUUCAAGGUGCAAAAAGGUCAGAGAGGCUUGGUGGUUCACACGAUUCGAAAAUGGAGCCAGUCGAUAGAAGCGCAUUAGAGGCGUCAAAAAAGAAGAAAGGCAAAGAGACAGAGAGCGAUAUAUAUAUAGAGAGAGAGAGAGAGAACAUCCGUACCUUUUAUUACAAUUUAAAUAAUACUAAUUUUAUCUACAUGCACACAUAUACACACAAAUAUACACUUUUUAUACACAAGACAGAUCGAUAUUGUUGUGUUGCUGCCAUCGAAAAGCUGUUUUGAUAAUUUUUUUUGGAGGAACGUUCUGGGCCCAAGAGACCCAUAUCCAAUUAGGGUUUAACCCAGGCU